AUGCAAGAUGAUGAGAAUCUAGGUCGAUGGCUGCAGGCAUAUGACGAGCUUCGUGCUCGAGCAGUGGAGCACCCGAGCCUGCUGGUGGAGUCAUUGCCAGACUUGCACAUGGCUCCCCCUUCCCAGCAUGAUGGCAGCCAGCGCAACACUGCUCGCAGCCAGAGCCAGUGCUUAGCGAGCUACCAGGCUGUUAUUGCUGCCUGGACUCCAAACCUGGGAUUUGGCUUGAACCUUGGCGUGCCAGGCUGCGUGCUCGAGGAGGACGAAGAAGACACGCCCAAGUCCAUGGACGCAUUCAUAGAGGACUUGCGCCAACGUGUGGAUGAUGCUUUUGGCUGGAGUGGGAAGUGUCUCCCAAAGCAGGCAUACGUGAAGCGAGCAGCCGCUCAGGCCACAAUGCUUUUGCUGGAUGCUUCCUCCGACGACGCCAAGAACGAGCUCCUGCUAACCAAGGUCUUCGCUCUGCUGCUUGGUGAGCGGUACCGGUCCCACGGUGGGGUGCUUUUCCAGUAUAGUCAGGGAGCAUGGAGCCCCGCUGCCGGCAGCAUUUCUGCAAUGGACUUGGAAUAUAUCCUCUACGCGCUGCGGCGGGCGCAAGCCUACUUUGGCUUGCGCAGCCGUUACAAGCCUUCGAGAGACUUCUCCGACGUUUGCUUCGAAGUGCGUGUCUUGCAAGCGCUGCCCGAGGAUGCCCUCUUAGAGUGGCAGCUCAAUGACAUUGUCGGCAAAAGGGCCGCAGAAAAGUCCAGGCAGCGGUACGUGGGGUCCAGCGACCUUUGCCGAGAGAUGCGAAAGAUCUUCUCAGAGCAUAACAAGGCCGUGGUCAAGAACUUCAGCCGCUGGGCAGACUCUGACUUGAUGAAAGCGUGCUGGGGCUCUGGCUUUGGUCAUCCGUCCAGCACGCUCCAAGUGGAUCGAGAAUUUCAGCAGCAAGGGCUUCACUUCUUGCACUGCGUCAUGCUCACCUUCGAUGAAUGCCGCCGUGACCACGGGCUAGCUGAAGAUGUGCUGAAGGUCUUCGUGGGCGGAGGGAAAAUGCCGCUGCGGAAGAAUCACGAGGCCGACACCAAGUAUGCAUCCUGGGAAUUCUGCGGCAAGAACUGGUGUAUGAACGUCGGGGACGUGCCCGCGGUGCCUACCGCAGAGGAGCGCAGCCAUGCUCGGCGGAUCCGUUGUUGCUUUAUGCGCAGCUCCUUCAGCAACCAGCCAGAGGAAAUAGAUGUGCAGCGGAAAGUCUUUUUGGCAGACCCAGAAGCCAAGCAGUUCUGCGCUUCGAACCAUGCGGUCUGGUCCUUCUACCACGACUGGCUGUUUCCUUUCAUGCAAAAGCAUCCGCCCAGCGAGUGGGGUCAAAUGCUGGAGUUCUGCCCUGAAGGAAGCCAAGCUGCCAAGGACACCAAGUGGCUGCUCCAACGCAUGGCUCGAGCCACGACAGCUGCUUCCCCAGAUGAGUUGCGCGACAAUGCCCCGCAACCAAUUGGCGGGGCACCUGCGGAGUCCUUUGGGCAGGCCGGGGCUGUAGGACAAGCGCAGCGACUUGUCCUCGAGACACACGCAGCUAUUUCCGUUGAGUUUUUCACGCCCCACCUCAUCAACCGCACGGCAGUGCCGAGCAAUCCCGGGACAGCUUCGCUCAAGAGCAAGGGUGGCAAGAAAAGCAGGACAGACUACUUGGUGGACGCCAUCAAAGAGUUUCCACACCUGCUGCGGCAAGUUGAGAGUUCGCGCCGAGGAGGUGAAGCCAUCCUCAGAUUUCAGCGGCGGCCUUUGGUGGUGGAUCGGGUGGACGACGCUCUUCGCCGCAGCUGCGAGUCCCCGGAAGAUGUCUUCGGAAGUUGGUCGGACUGGAAAUGGCCUGAGACUCAGCCUGCGGAGCCCUCGUGGGAUGAGUUGUGCGACGGGCAGGAGCCUGAGCGCUUUGAGAAUGGAUCUGCGUGGGAGUGCCGCUGCUUUUUGCACCUCGCAAGGCUGCGCGAGUAUGCGCGCAGAGGGGACGAUCGGCGACAGGACCAGCUCUUGAAUUUCCUGGAAGCAGUGGAGCGAGCUGGUGCGAUCGAAGGAGAUCACGCCACAUUUGCGCAGAAGGGGCGGCAGAAAGUGGUGGCUGGCAAGCCUCUGGGACGCUUCUUCUUCCCCCACGCGAGCCUGCCAAGCCUGACCCGCGAAGCUCGCGCUGCUUGCAGCCCAGAUGGCACGGUGGAGUUCGACCAGCCCAACGCCAUUGUCCACUUCAUAGUCGAGAUUGCCAACGAAGUUGGGAAGCUUGUUCCAUGCAUGACCCGGUACAAGGUGCACAAGCAAGCGUGGCGAGCAGCUGUGGCGCGGUACUACGGCGUAGACGACCAGUCAGCCAAGACCUUGCUACUGAAAGCCUGCUUUGGCUUUGCGUUUCCACCGUCUGAGCAAGCUGACCUCGGCACCAUGCCUUUGCUGCAUGGUUUGGCGUACGAGUCAGCUCUCGUGCGCCAAGCAGUGUGUGAGGUGAACACAGACGUGCUACAGGCCAUGCAGGCAAGCGGCAGGCCGCGUCCGGAGACAUCAGCAUUUGCGUUCCUUUUGUUUGACAGGGAGCGGCUUGCAAUGGAGCACUUCGUCGCCAAGCUCACUGAGAUUGGCUGGCUCCUCGUUGCGCCAGUUUACGACGCUGUCCUCGCAUGCCCAGCUGAAGGCACAUUGCCUGGUGUGCAAGAUGCCUUGCUGCAAGAGUUUGCAGAUGAUACCGGGAUUUACAUGCAAGUGAAGCCAGUGCGCCAGCAAGAGCACCAGCAUGGUGCUUGGGCGUCUCUUGGCGCAAGACUGGCUGACAUGCUGCAGAGCGGUCCGCCGGUGUUGGAGGAGGGAGGAAUUGAAGUCGUGCCAGGGCGCAACAUGUGCUUGCCCUCUGCGUUAGUCAACUUGUUCCCUGGCUCCAUCACAGCAGGCUUGUUCCAAGAUUGCUCAGGGCCCCUCACGUACCAGCAGUGCGUAGAAGUAUGCCCGAGCCUCACUCUGGAACCCGUGAGCAUUGAUCAAGUCCGUGCCCUGGGCGUCGGCAAGUUCCUUGCGCACGAGCCGGCGGCUGGCGGCGAAGCUCACGCUUACGGCAUCCUCUUGGUGCACAACACUGCCACCAUUUUUAACAGCAACCGCCCGCGUGCGAUCAGUGUGCCUCAUUCACUUUUGUGGACCUUGCUCGAUGAAACGCAAGGCCUUCAAUUGUUCAAGGCUGACAUGAACUUGCUGGAGCACAAGGCCAAGAGGCGCAGGCUUGCGCGGCAACCUGCGUCUCUCCAACAGCAAGCAGGCAUGGACGCGGAGCUGGCGGAGGACGCAGACCAGCGUGUCAUGGACCACGUGGCGGCCAGCAUGGACCUGGAAGUUCGACAGUUCAGGCAAGAAGUUCCGACCUUGCAGGGCGGACCGUUUGCCUGCAAGCUGUGUCCUUUCCGAAGCUUUGCUCGCAAGGACAGAUUGCUUGCGCAUGUGAUCAAGUACCAUGCGAAGGGAAAGCUCUUCAUUGCCAACAGCCGGUCUCAAGCGCAGUGGAACUUGGCGCUGGCUUUGCACGAGCAAGACCAGGCCUUGUCCUUCCUCCGGCCGCCUAUGUAUUCUGGAAGCCUGCUGCAAGCUUCUGCAAGCAUCAUUCGAGACUGGCUCAACCCAGACCCUGCCACGCGGCGCGUCUUGGAGUCGAACAAUGACAUUGACAUGGUCAUGGUCCUUACAGCCACCGGGCCCAAGUGCCUUCUCAAGACUCACACGGUCAACUGUGCACGGCUGCACAAGAAGGUCUACUAUGACCACACCUUGGCGAACCUGCUCCUGAGCCUUGCGCUGAAACAUGUGGGGAAGAUCCAGACCAUCUAUCAGGAGCUUGCGACGCACUUCGUCUCCCAAGGCUGCCCCUGUGCUUUGAUGGGCCUUCGCAACAGAAGCACAAGGGGGAGAUUGCUGGAAGACAUCUUAAGCAAACAGCCAGUUCAAGAGCUGCAUGCUGAGCUGCUCGCACAGGCCACGCGGAAGGGUGAGUGGGAGGUCAUCAGCCACGACGCAACCUUCAAGACCUUGUUUGCUAUCAUUGGCCAGGACAAGAUGGCGCAGCGAGAGGGUGAACUCCACGCACUGCACACCAUUGUGGGCAAGACCGGCGCGGUGCCAGGCAUGAGCAUGCAAGCCACCGAAGGCAGGGCUUGUUUCAAGCGCGCCUGUCUGGCAAUAUUGCCCGAUGCUGCUCGGGCCUCCACGAAAUGGAUUUAUUCGGACUGCCCGGACUCUGUAGAAGGCGCCACCGAUGUGUUUCCAUUCUUGCAGGGUGUCGCUGAGGAUGCUUUGCACUUGGUGCUACGCUUAGAGGCCUGCUUUGGCGAAAAAAGGACGGCCAUGUCCUCCGAAGUUUUGCUUCUUCAGCGCAAGUUUGCGAGGCCAAUGCCCGCGCCAGUUUACCAUGGAGAAGCUGCUCCCUGCGGAGAGGAAGGAAGGUGGAGCGCCAGGAAGGAGGCCCUUGCGAAGCCCGAGCGGGACUUGCGAGCCUACUCCAACACACCAUACAACAGCCACCAGGAAUACGUGGACGACCUCCUGGACAUAACGCUGAAGUUUCCUGCGGACAUGUCCCGCAAAGAUUGCAAAGGCAGGUCUGCCAAACAGAUCCUGAUGUCGGGGGCAGCCUACAGGCACUUCGCGUACCUCCGCAAUGGGAACCACAUCGCCAGCCAGUUCUCAGCAGCAGAGACGCAGCUCAGUGCUUGGGGCACCACUGGGAACGAAGCCUUGCAUUUCCAGAUCAACAAUGCCCGCCGAACAGUAUUGCAGCAGCACCACGAAGCCAUCCCGCCAAUGCUCUUCAGCUUUGCGCUGCAGAAGAUGAUGGCCCACAACUCUGCUGCCUAUGCGCCGACCCUUGCCCAGAGGAGCCAGGCAGAAUUGCUUAGUCUCCUUCGCGGACACCUUUCGGCUUGCUUCUUUUCCAGUUUUGGCGACCGGGCAAUUCCGCCCCUGACCAACCGGGACAAAGCGAGACGGCCUGCGCGCGCCCUGGACCAAGCCAAGACUCAGCGUGCCAAAGCCGUGGCGGCAUCUCAACGCCGGAGGUGGGGCCAGCACGCUGCCAAGCUUGAGCGAAGGCGUGCCAAGAGAUCUGUGCCUGGGCCACCGCGCAUCAAACGCACAGUGUUCACGAAGAGGAAGCAGCCCCGACUGCAUCGGACAAAAGGGCAAUGA